GGGAGCGGGCGGGGGACGAGGAGCCAUGUCGAAGCGGCUCCGGAGCAGCGACGUGUGCGCGGACUGCAGCGGGCCGGAUCCUUCCUGGGCAUCGGUCAACCGGGGGACGUUCGUCUGUGAUGAAUGCUGCAGCGUCCAUCGCAGCCUGGGCCGGCACAUCUCGCAGGUGCGGCACCUGAGACACGCGCCCUGGCCCCCGACACUGCUUCAGAUGGUCGAAACCCUGUACAAUAAUGGUGCUAAUUCUAUCUGGGAACACUGUCUGCUGGACCCUGCCUCCAUGAUGAGCGGAAGACGAAAAGCCAGUCCGCAGGAUAAAGUGCACCCUAAUAAAGCCGAAUUCAUCAGAGCCAAGUAUCAGAUGUUGGCCUUUGUGCAUCGCUUGCCAUGCAGAGAGGACGACAGCGUGACAUCCAAAGAUCUCAGCAAGCAACUUCAUUCGAGCGUGAGGACCGGCAAUCUGGAAACCUGUUUGCGGCUGUUAUCUCUGGGCGCACAAGCCAACUUCUUCCACCCGGAGAAAGGAAACACCCCCCUGCACGUGGCCUCGAAAGCCGGGCAGAUCUUACAGGCAGAAUUACUGGCUGUCUACGGAGCAGACCCUGGCACCCAGGAUGCCAGCGGGAAAACGCCCGUUGAUUAUGCGAGGCAAGGAGGUCACCAUGAGCUGGCAGAGCGCCUGGUGGAAAUCCAGUACGAGCUGACGGACAGACUCGCCUUCUAUCUCUGCGGCCGGAAACCAGAUCACAGGAACGGACAACACUUUAUCAUACCUCAGAUGGCAGACAGCAGCCUGGAUUUGUCUGAAUUAGCAAAAGCUGCGAAGAAGAAACUUCAGUCUCUGAGCAAUCAUUUGUUUGAAGAACUUGCCAUGGACGUGUACGAUGAGGUCGACCGGAGAGAGACCGAUGCAGUCUGGCUUGCCACGCAGAACCAUAGCACGCUGGUCACCGAGACAACUGUCGUCCCCUUCCUUCCGGUCAACCCCGAGUACUCGUCCACGAGGAACCAGGGCCGGCAGAAAUUAGCCCGGUUUAACGCUCACGAAUUUGCCACGCUGGUUAUCGACAUACUGAGCGAUGCCAAGAGGAGGCAGCACGGAGGGCCUCGCCUGGGUUCCAAAGACAACGUGGAACUCAUUCUGAAAACCAUCAGUAACCAGCACAGCGUUGAGACUCACGACAACGACCAGCCGGACUACGACAGCGUGGCAUCAGAUGAGGACACGGAUUUGGACGCCGGCAAGGCCAGCAGGCAGAAGAGCCUAGACUCAGAUUUAUCAGACGGACCAGUCACUGUGCAGGAGUUUAUGGAGGUCAAAAACGCCCUAGUAACCUCUGAGGCCAAGAUACAGCAGCUAAUGACGGUGAAUAACAACUUGAGUGACGAGCUGAGAAUUAUGCAGAAAAAGCUUCUAACACUCCAGAGCGAGAAUUCCAAUCUCAGGAAACAGGCCACCACCACCGUGUACCCUGUGCCGAAGGGGUCCGAGUACACAGACGUCUCCAAACACUCAUCCCUCAAGCGGCGUCCAUCCGCCCGGGGCAGCCGGCCCAUGUCCAUGUACGAGACAGGAUCGGGCCAGAAACCGUAUCUCCCCCUGGGUGAAGGGGACCAGCCCGAAGAAAGCAGGACGCGGCUGCAGCCUUUCCCCACACAUAUUGGGAGGAGUGUACUUGUGACCUCCUCUUCGUCUCUGCCCUCCUUCCCCUCCACACUGUCCUGGUCGAGGGACGAAAGCGCCCGAAGGGGAUCCCGGCUGGAGAAGCAGAACAGCACACCUGAGAGUGACUAUGACAACACCUCCCACGACACAGAGCCCGAGGACUCAGGGUCUGUCCCAAAGGGUCGGCAGAGGAGUCUGAUGUGGCAGAGUGACAGCUCGGCCUCUGAUGUGGCAGAACUCCACCUGGGCCCCAGCCCCGGACUCCCCAGCACUGAAGACGUCAUCCGGAAAACCGAGCAGAUCACCAAGAACAUUCAGGAGCUCCUGAGGGCGGCUCAGGAAAACAAACACGAUAGUUAUAUUCCCUGUUCAGAGAGGAUACACGUAGCUGUUAGUGAAAUGGCAGCAUUAUUCCCCAAAAAAGCCAAGUCGGAGCUGGUGAGGACGUCUCUCCGCUUGCUCACGGCCAGUGCCUACCGGCUGCAGACUGAGUGCAGGAAGGCCAUCCCGGGGGACCUGGGCCCGCCAGCGGACAUCCAGCUGGUCACGCAGCAGGUCAUCCAGUGCGCCUAUGACAUUGCCAAGGCCGCCAAGCAGCUGGUGACUGUCACCACCAAAGAGAACACCAAUUGAGCGGAGGCCGCCCGGCCCUUCCUGCGCCCCCAGCCCCAGCCAGCUCGAGACCCACGUCCAGAUCCCAGACACGGGGAUGCCCUUGGGUUUCCACGGAAACGCACGUCCAGUGGAACCUUUUCAGACGUUGUCAGAGAAAGCUCAGUAUUAUUUUUUUGCAUGUUUUCUAACGACUAUCUUUCAGUGGUCGAUUUAACCCACUUGCCUUAUUCUUGUGCCAGUUUUCCCAGUUAACUCCCUCCUGUUCUCUCAGACGGCUGCACGGGUC